UGUAAUAGAUUUUAGAAAUCCUUGUUAUAAUUUGAUGUAAAAAGGAAUGAAAUGGAUGUAAAUAAAAAAUUAAUGAAUUAAUCAGAAGUAACAAACUAUUUAACAUAAAUAGCUUAGAUAUUUGAAAGAUUUAAAUUAUUAUCAAUGACUUUAGAUGAAUUUGAGUAAAAGUACAUGAAUAAAUAAGGAGAAAGUAAUGAUGAAAAAGAAAUAAAAGAGAUAAAAUAUAAUUUGAAAGAGAAGAUAGAUGAAAUGAUAGGAAUGGAUUAUAAUUAAGAUAAGAUAAAUUUAGAUGGAGUAACUAAGAGUUAUUUUUGUAAUGAAUGUUAAAAGUAACUUAAUUCAAGAUCAGCGAUGUUAAACCAUUAAUAUUUUAAACAUAAUAGACCAAAAAGGUAAGAAUAUAAUAAGGGAUAGAAAGAUAAAGAUAAGAAUAUAGAUGUAGAUGAUAGAAUGGAUGAUCUGAUAAUAUUAUAAUGA